ACGACGUUAUUAUUAGACCACGGCAUAAACAAAUACAUGUUCAUUCGCGCCGUCAACAAACUGUGAUUCCAUUUGAUGACGACUUACCUAUUGAUGGUAAAUUAGUUCAGCAAUAUACAAUUUUACCUCGUGAAAAGGCCAUAGUUGAAAUCAAAAUACCCAUCAUAGCAGCCAAACAUUUGUAUUUUGAGGCAAUAAACAUUAUCGGUUAUAAUCGUUGGGAUUAUGUGCUUAUUUAUUUAGAUGAUAUUAUUAUAUUUUCCGACACCUUUGAACAACACCUACAACAUUUGAAUCAAAUAUUAUCUAUUUUAAAUCAACAUCAAUUUCAACUGAAUUAUAAAAAAUGUUUAAUUGCUGUUCAACAGCUAGAAUUUCUUAGUCAUGUCAUUACAUCCGACACAAUUGAACCAUCUAAGGAACGAAUCCAAGCAAUUUUGGACAUGCCCGAACCCAAAACCUUAGCACAAGCAAACCGAUUUAUUGGUAAAAUUGGAUGGUAUAGAAAAUUUAUCAAAAAAAUUUGCACAAAUUGCGGCGCCAAUCCACAAAGUUACCAACAAAAUCAGGGACAAAAAGAAAAUGUUUUAUUGGCAUGA